AUGAACGACAGCGGCCGCUCCUCUCCCCUCUCAUCACUCCUCCUCCUGCUGCACCUCCUCUUUCUCCUGCUGCACCUCCUCUUUCUCCUGCUGCACCUCCUCCUUCUCCUGCUGCACCUCCUCCUUCUCCUGCGGGCACCUUCUCCUUCUCCUGCUGCACCUUCUCCUUCUCCUGCGGGCACCUUCUCCUUCUCCUGCUGCACCUUCUCCUUCUCCUGCUGCACCUUCUCCUUCUCCUGCUGCACCUUCUCCUUCUCCUGCGGGCACCUUCUCCUUCUCCUGCUGCACCUUCUCCUUCUCCUGCGGGCACCUUCUCCUUCUCCUGCUGCACCUUCUCCUUCUCCUGCUGCACCUUCUCCUUCUCCUGCGGGCACCUUCUCCUUCUCCUGCUGCACCUCCUCCUUCUCCUGCGGGCACCUUCUCCUUCUCCUGCUGCACCUUCUCCUUCUCCUGCUGCACCUUCUCCUUCUCCUGCGGGCACCUUCUCCUUCUCCUGCUGCACCUUCUCCUUCUCCUGCUGCACCUUCUCCUUCUCCUGCUGCACCUUCUCCUUCUCCUGCGGGCACCUUCUCCUUCUCCUGCUGCACCUUCUCCUUCUCCUGCUGCACUGCUGCACCUCCUCCUUCUCCUGUUGCACCUCCUCCUUCUCCUGCUGCACCUUCUCCUUCUCCUGCGGGCACCUUCUCCUGCUGCUCCUUCUCCUGCUGCACUGCUGCACCUCCUCCUUCUCCUGCUGCAUCUUCUCCUUCUCCUGCUGCACUGCUGCACCUCCUCCUUCUCCUGCUGCACCUCCUCCUUCUCCUGCUGCACCUCCUCCUUCUCCUGCUGCACCUCCUCCUUCUCCUGCUGCAUCUUCUCCUUCUCCUGCUGCACCUCCUCCUCAUCUUGCACACUGAGAAAGAUCUCUGUGAGUUUGUGAGAAUGUGA